AUGCAGAAGUACAUGGACGACUUCAAUGAAGCAGCAGAGGAAAUGCAAGCGGCUUUCUCGUCAACAUCGGCAGUGCUUCAAAAUUUUCAACUACACUUCACACCGUCGCUUGAGGAUGAUCAAAGUCUCCUGGGAGACCCUCUGGCGGUCAUCAAAGAUCACGUUGCCAAGAUGCGAGAAUGCACAGUUCCACCUGCUUCUUCUCUGCAGGCACGGCUGGACUUCGUGCAACACCUGCAGCUAUUACGCAGCAUUUGCCGCACAGUGGCCCUUCGCCUCAAGGAUUUGGAAUUGUUCAACACUGUGAAUCAGAAAUUAGGCGUGGCGAAUCCUUUUCUUGUUUCUGGCGGCGGCGAGGAUUAUAAUAACAGUGAUGCUCCUAGAAACUUUCAAGAAGUGACAGGAGACGACUGGACAGCUUCUGAGUUCUUGGAAUUCUUCGGGCUGUCUCGGGGUGGUAAAAGACGAGUAAAUGGAACCUUAGCUAGGAAACUCAGAUGGUUGUUGGAGAUUGAGAAGAGAUUUAACGACGCCAACUUGAACGCCCGAUAUCAUUUCAUGGCAUUUCUUCAACCGUUUGAACGAGACGGCGCCUACAACCCCGCUCAUGCCCCUGCCGAACACCAGAUUCCAUACACUGGAAAGCCAUUUCGUACUGGAGCUCUUGCAGAAGCAGCGGCGCAUGUAUUCCGCGAGUCCGAUGCCACUACGAACUACGCACAUAUACGAAAGCUGAACCAAAUUGCAGAUAAUUGGACGAACGAAGAAGUAGAGGCGGCUGCGGUUCAACAAGAGAAGGAAAAUGCGAACAAUGCCCAAACCAGGCUGAAGAGUAAGAGGGAGCUUAUGCUACGGCUGCUAAGCCAAGGCAUACCAGAGGAUGAUCUGGUGAUGAUUGCAUUGUUCCUUUUAUAG